GGGGAGGAGGCUGGAGGAGAACAAGAUGGAGGACAGAGCUCAGCAACAGGAACAGGAAGGAUGUUCAUGCGUGGGGGCGGAGUCCAAAAUAAAACAUUUCAUUAACAGGGACAAAUUUGGAAACAUGAAGAUGUCAUUCUGGUGAUUCACUGGAAGAAAGACGAAAUGAGCAGCUGAUGCUCUAAGUGAUUAAAGCCUCACAACUCAUGGCUCGUAAUCACCAUCGUCAUGGCAACAACAUCACAACCGACAAGGAGGUUAAAGAUCUGCCUUAGCAUUUCCAACGUGGCAGGAACCAACAGAACCACCAACGGUCCAAUGACCUGUCGCCGUCGGCAACAAGGAUGUGCCUACAGUUUACUAAUGCAUUAUUUUAAAAAUAAAAAGUAUAAAUACUUAAUAAAUAUACUGUAAAUAUAUUUUUUAGGUGAAUUAAACUAAAGCACACAACUAAACAUUUACAAAUCAAUAAAGAUCAACAAAAUUUGGCUUUCGCAAAAAAAAACAACUCCUUAAUAUAAACAAAAUAAUUUCUAGAAAAUAAUGAGAAUUAAAUAAAAUGGUCUGACAAAAUAAGUGAUUACAUUAAUAUUCACACCUUUCAGUCAGUAAUUACUGUAGUAGAAGCUCCUUUGUGUGGUUCAGUGUGCAGCUUCCCCUGACUGAUACGUUUCAAUAAGCUCUCCUCUGAUUGGUUGGAGUAAUAAUGAACCAGUCGCUUAUUUUAUCUUAAAUAUUUGUAAUUAAAUGCCUUAAUAUACUGUAUAUUUUGUAUAAAUCCAUGUUCACUUUUACGUUAACGGGCUAUUUUGUAUUUUUGUGUAAAAAAACCAAAAAAGCCUGUCGAGUUCUGUUGAUCAUGAUUGAUUAAUAAAAACAAUAAAAAGGUAAAAAAUAAUCCUAGAGGGGUGAAUACGUUUUUAUAGGCUUCAAAAUUUAAUGUAUUUAAAUGACUUUUCUGAUCCGUGUUUUUACGAUAUUCCGGUUCUGAACAGAACCUGAACAGAACCAUCAGAAAGAGCCCAGUGAGCUCCUGAAGGAAACCAAUCACAUUUAGGUAAAACAUUUUUCUGCAGAGGAACCUGCAGAGUGUCCAGAACCAGCGUGUGAAACAGAGACGGACGGAUAAAAGUAGAAACCGGAAACUAUGAUUACCUGAUGAUUAAUGAUUAGCUAACGGCUAUAACGGUCAGUUACAGCCGCUAAUCCUCUGAAGUGAUGAAGUUCUUCCUUUAAAGGCGUUCUGGUGGAACAGGUUUUUCUGUGUGUUUCUCCCUCUGCAUGUCGGUGAUCUCUCUGGGUACUCUGACUUCCUCACAGUCCAAAAACAGGACUGAUAAUUGAUCAGUUAUUUAUCAGAUUUCAGCGUUUCAGAUCAAACCAGACGGUGUGAGUAACGAGAAGCAGCAUUUCAGGCGUUCAGCAGACAGAACCAAGCUGGUCUUGUUAAAUCAUGAAUUAUUGGAUUACCAAGCCUUUCUAAACUGAGCUGAGAUUAUGCUUCGAGAUUAAGUGCUUUUGUUUAACUUGGAAUGUCUUAUUUCCGGUGUUUAACCUCAGAUUGUGGGAAUAAUUAUAGCAACCAGUAUUUCUUAGAUUUUCUCUGUUUAUCACAGACAACAUCUCUUUCCAAGGAAGGUUCCUGCCUUCCAAGCAAACAUUUUUUCUUCACACUGGUUUGUAAUCACCCACAAUCAUGAAUCAUUGUUCAUUUGGAUCUGUGUGGUCCUGGAGGUUCAUCUCUUCACAGAAAUGUUGUGGUUUUGCUCCUCUGAUGCUGGAUCUGUCCUCUGCAUUUCUUCUGUGGUUUUUAUGAGUUUCACAGUAAGAUGCUGUUUCUUCUCCAUCCUCACCAGAUCAGGAAACACAAACGUUAUUUUCUCUGUUUUCGCCUCAGGCAGCUUCACUCCUCACUCUGUCACAGCUUCAAAACAAACCUCAUAAAACUGAAAUAGGGAAGCUGAAGAGUUUUGGAUUCAUGCAGAGGUAGCAUAGGCAUGUUUUUUACUUUAAUAUAAAAUGCUUGAUUUUAUUGAAAUGCAUAAUGUCGCCAGGCAUCAUUGGUUUCCCUUAAGAGAAUCCAUCAUUUCUUCCUCACUGAACGAUGAGAACGUCUCCGGACUGAAACACAGGACACAGAUAUCCGCUGGGUUGAAUCGGACUGACUUUUAAAGUUCAGGCUGAACUUUUAAAUGGAUCAGAAUUGAUUUUUAAGCCAAAGCUGAGCGGAGCUUCGGGAUGAAAUCAGACAGUUCGGUGAGAGUCAGAACCGGUCGGGUGGGGUUGCAUCACCUCCAUGUUGUGAAACAGAAAGCGGGGAGCUGCCAAGUUUUGCUUUUCAGACUGAACAGAACUUCCAGAGGAUUUUUCACCCAGAGACACAAACAUCAGCUCAUACAGAAAAAGAAAUCACUUUAACUUCUAGCUUUUCUGAUUCACUUUCCUUUGGUGUAUUUUUUAAAACAUAUUUUUGGAUGUUGAGUAAAUAUUAAUAUUAAUACAGUCAUUAUGUUUUCCAUUCCUGCCCACUGUGUGGUGGAGCUUAUCAUUCACCAUCCGUUUGUUGUAUUUGUGGUAACGUCUCUGAACUUUCACCCCUGCAUUAAACUGAUCACAGAUUGGAUCAGCGAUAAACUGCUGGAGUGAAAACUGAACUCCAGGUUGAUUCCGGCUGCGCAGGUCGAGGCGUGGAUUACUUGUUGUUAAAGCAUCUGAAGGCUGCGGCUCCAACCUCAGCUCUGACUCUGUCUCCUGUCUGCGUGUUUGUGGAUCAAUCUGUCCGUCUUAAAAACUCCAUCCACUUUCCCGUCCUGAAACCGCAGCUCCCACCGCGGCGCAACGCUCCACACACACACCGAGAAAUUCUGUGACUUCUCUUUCCUUUGCGGCGCUCUGCUGCAGCUGCGGCCUCUCUCCGCUCACUCUGUGACAUAACUGGAGUUUCCCUUCUGCAAGAGCAGCCGCCACUGCAUAAAUACUACGAGGCGUGCUGGCAGAAGUUCAUUCUAACUCAAAGACAGGCGUAAGCAGAGAGGGCUGCCGGCUCCAGCAGACUGCCAAGUGUUUCAGUCGGACACCAGAGGAUGACGGGAUACAAAAUCACAGCGGGUGACGUGGAGGCCGGGCCUCAGGACAGGAUGGAGGUCCUGGUGCAGAAGAAGUCGUCCACAGGGUGUCUGUGGAAGGUGCUGGCGGUGCUGCUCUUACUUGCGCUUUGCCUUGGAGGCGCCCGGCUGUACGUUUGGUACCAGCUCGAAAGAUCACAAUCAACAACGCAGGCAGGACACACAGCAGCACCAAUCAGAAUGGACUCUGAUGAGACAACAGGUGCUCACUCCACGCUGAAAGAAAUGAGCAAAAAAGCAAAAGCAGCCAUUCAUCUAGAAGGUCAUUACGAAGAAAAAAGCAACGCGACGGCCGUGGAGUGGCGCGACCGCGUGGGCCAGGCCUUCUCUCAGGGCGGUUUCCGUCUCCAUAACAACCAGAUCAUCAUCCCAGAGAGCGGCCUGUACUUCGUCUACAGCCAGGUGUCCUUUCGGGUGUCCCGGUCCAGCGACCAGGAGGGCGAGUGGCGCCCGCCGUCCCUCAGCCACCGCGUCCGCAGGAUGUCUCAGGCCAUCGGAACCAAGGUGUCCCUGCUGAGCGCCGUGAGGUCGGCCUGCCAGAACGUCCAGGAGGACGGCGAGCGGUCGGGCCACGGCUGCUACAGCACCAUCUAUCUGGGCGCCGUGUUCCAGCUGGCCAGAGGGGACACGCUGGAGACGGAGACCAACCAGCUGAAGGAGCUGGACACGGACGAGGGGAAGACCUUCUUUGGCGUGUUCGCGCUUUGAGCUGCUGCGAUACUAAGAGACUGAUCCUGGACAGGAUUUAAAAAGAAAAAUGCACAUUUUUACACUUUUAUUCCACCUGAAGGUGAUGUAGAAAUGCUAACAUCUCCAUGGAGAUGGAACUAGACUUUAUGAACUGUAACAGUUUGAAACUUUAUCUCUGUUUUAGGCACUUUUUGACUUUAUUUAUGUUGAUCUCAGAUUGUAAGACUAGACUUCUGCUGUAGCAGAAAUUUCUCCACUAUUUACUUGUAUUUAUUUAUAUUUAUUGCUAUUUAAGUUGGUGGGAUUUUUGGUUUAAUAUUAUAUUUAAUAUGAAUAAAAAUGCAUAAAAAAAUCAACAAAAACUGAAGUAGAUUUCUGAGACUUGAGAGCCUUGAAGCCUCGUUGGAAGUUCCAGUUUGCACACAAACACACACACUCUCUUAAACACACACACACACACACACGCCCUCUCUCUCUUAAACACACACACACGCACGCAUACACUCUCACACACAGAGUUGGCAAAAGUUGUUUGAAAUUCCUCUCCAGCCAGCAGAUACUUCCUUUGUUAGCUCACAGCAGCGGAGGGGAAUUUCCUGCUCGUUUUCAGUGACCCACUGACUGCUGUGUCAGGUGGAGGCCCGCAGAAGUCUCGGCCCAGAUCGGGUUUUCCCCAGUGCCGCCCCCUCACAACCCACACACACACACACACACACACACAGUCACACACCCUGCAACCUUCCUCCUCUCCUCAGCCACCAUUACCACACACUCUGCCUUCAGUCAGCUGGAAACUGAGACGACAAGGGAAGCUGUUUUCUGUGUGUGUGUGGGUGGGGGUGUGUGUGCGUGUGUGUUGUGGGAUCAUGGGACUACACCACAGCUGGUUUGCAUCACACCAUCAUCAUCUAAAAACACACUUGAACACAAACAGUGGCAGCAGUGGGAGCGAUUUGUCUGCGUUUGCGCCCAUCGUCCCGGUAAUGAGGCUCCGGCUGCUGAAAACAAACCCCAACUUUCUGCUUAAUGAGCUCUUCCUUGUGUUUCCGCUCCCACAGGUCAUCCAGAA